AUGAAGAAAAAGCAGCAACAGCAAGAGCAGCGUGUUCAUGAUGGUGAAAACGAACAUGAUCUGGAGAUCAUCAAGGCAGUAGCACAAGCAUGGUAUGCCAAUUCCAGCAGCUCUAAGUCAUCACCAAAUGAAUUUGAUGCCCACCGGCGAAAUUUCAAGGGCAAGCCUAGCAGAUUCAAGCUUGAAGCUGCAAGAAAAGCAUCAUCAGGUGACGGAUAUGGCAGCAGUAGUAGUACAAGUAGUAAUUGGGAUUUUGGCCAAUCCCUUUGGGAUUCUUAUGAGAUUGUUACAAUUGCAAGAAGGUUGGAAAGAGGUUUAGUUUUGGAUCAUACAUUCUCUGAAAAGGAUGAUGCAGGGCAUGUUUUCAAGAAGAGGAAAGAGAGUAAGAAUAGCCUCAGGAAUUUACUUAAUAGGAUAUCCUCUAGGAGAUUUAAUGAACCACUUGCACCCCAAGAAGAAGGAAAUCUGUCUCUUGAUAAGCCUGGAUGA